ACGUUAGGUGUCCCUACAUUUUAAGGAAGUAUUGUGAUAAAUGAUAAUCAUUCUCUCUGCUGCUUUAAUUUAACAGUUUUGAUGUAUCUAUCCAUACUCUCAUCCUCUUUGCUUGCAUCAAACCAAAUACACACACAUGGAAGCAAUAGUUUCUGGGUUGUUGAUCUCCAUCUUGGACAGGCUAGCAACCAGAGCUUUUCAGAACAUUUCCAUGGCAAGAGGGCUCCAUGCUGAUGUGGCCACCCUCCAAGACUCUCUCACAAUCAUCAGUACUUUCCUUGUGGAUGCUGAGAACAAGCAAACUCAGAACCAGGCCAUAUUGCUCUGGCUGAACCAACUCAAAGAUGUUUUCUAUGAUGCCAGGGACAUCCUUGAUGAGAUUGAAUGUGAGACUUUGAGGAGCCAAGUUGUGAACAACACACAUGGUGGAGGAGGCUUCACCAGAAAGGUACAACGUUUCUUCUCAUCCUCUAACCCUUUUGCAUCUCGUGUUAAGAUGGCCCGCAAGAUCAAGGGCAUCAAGCAGAGGAUUGAUGAGAUAGCAUCUCUUAGGAUGAAGCUAGGUCUCUCUGAGAGCCAUUCAUGUAGUAGUAGUAGUACUAGUGUACCACUCAAUCAUAAAAUGGCUUGGAGAGAGACUCAUUCUCAUGUUAGGCCUUCCCAUGUGAUUGGUAGAGAUGAGGAGAAAGAAAAAAUCAUUGUGUCCUUGAUGGCUCCACCAUGUGAUGGUGAGGAGAUUGAUGUUGUUCCAAUUGUUGGAAUUGGAGGGCUGGGGAAGACCACACUUGCUCAAUUAGUUUACAAUGAUGAUAGGGUGAUUGAGAAUUUUGAUUUGCGUAUGUGGGUGUUUGUGUCUGAUGAUUUUGAUGUUAAGAGGCUAGUGCUAGAGAUUCUGAAAGCUAUGCAUGGAGUAGAUGUAGAUGCUCACAACUAUAGUUUUGAUCAAUUACAGAACCUACUACGCGAGGGAUUAGAAGGGAAGAAAUUUCUACUUGUUCUAGAUGAUGUCUGGAAUGAGGAUUAUAGAUUGUGGCUUGAAUUGAGAAAUAUUUUACUAGGUAUCCAUGAUGAAGGUAAUAAACCCGGUAACAAGAUUAUCACCACCACUCGGAGUGACAAGGUUGCUUCGAUAAUGGGGAAUGUUUAUAAACACAACUUGAGAUAUCUCCCUGAAGAAGAUUGUUCAAAGCUGUUUGUUAAGUGUGCAUUCCCAGCAGGAGAUGCGAAUCAGCAUCCAAGGCUUUUAGAAAUCGGGAAGGAGAUUGCUAGAAAGUGCAAAGGGUUACCCUUGGCAGUGGUGAGUUUAGGAUGCCUGCUUUACUCAAAAUCGGAUGAAAGGGAGUGGAAGAAAAUAAGAGAUAGUGAAAUUUGGAAAAUGAACCAGCAAGAUGAUGGCAUUUUGGCUGCAUUGAAACUGAGCUAUAAUCACUUGCCAUCUGAAAUGAAACAGUGUUUCUCUUAUUGUUCAAUUUUUCCUAAGGGUUAUGAGUAUACUAAUUUGGAAAUGAUUUCAUUGUGGAUGGCUCAUGGACUGCUACAAACCAAAAAUGAAGAUGAAGAGCCAGAAGAUCUUGGGGAAUUUUAUAUUAAGGAGUUAGUUUCAAGAUCUUUCUUUGAAGGUGCACCUGAAGAACAAGUGGUUAUUGAUGGUCUUAUUUCUGAAGAACUUGAGCUUCUAGGCAUCUCCAUCUUCAAAAUGCAUGAUCUUAUUCAUGACCUUGCUGUGUCCACAAUGCAAAAUGAAAGGACAGUAGUGAAAUUCAAUUCAACAAAUGUUAAAGAAAAGGUGCAUCAUUUAUCAUUUGCAGACAGUGGUGCAGGAGUUCCUACUUUUGGUCCAAAGUUGAAAAAGGUCCGAACCAUUGGAUUCUGGCAUGCAGGUAAAAGUGCACCUGCAAUCACUAAACCAUUUGUGGAAUGGAUCUCCAAGAAAUUCAAGUACCUCAGGGUGUUGAACAUACAAGGAUCAAAUUUUCAAUUCUUGCCAGAUUGUUUCGACAAAAUGAAGCAUUUGAGGUAUCUUGAUCUAAGCUAUUGCCAGAGGAUGGAAAAACUCCCAGAUUCAAUUUGCAAGCUUCAAAGUCUGGAGGUUUUAAAUCUAUGUAGAUGUGUAGCACUUAAAUAUAUUCCCAAAAAAUUGAAGAAUCUUAUCAGCCUUCGUAUUUUGUGGAUUACGACACAAGUUUGCAAUUUGUCUUUCAUAAGCAUUGGGAGAUUGAAAUGUCUGCAAAUUUUGAUCUUAUGGAAUUGUGAAAAUUUGGUCUUCCUUCCGCGUGAUUUGAGGCACUUGACUGCUUUAAAGAGGCUGAGCAUUGAGGCUUGUGAAGAGGUGACUAGUUUUGAGGAUGGAGAAGAAGAAAAUGAAAACUACUCCUUGAAACUUGAACGAUUUUCAAUUGAUAAAUUACCCAAAUUGGCAGCACUACCUGGUUGGCUUAGAAGAUCCGGUAAAACUUUGCAAUACAUGGGUCUUUCUGUAUGUCGUAGCUUAAUGGCAUUGCCAGAAUGGUUGCCAAAUCUAACAUCACUUGAGACUCUUCUCAUUGCUGAUUGUCCAAACUUGGAACUACCUCAACAAAUGGAUCGUCUUCAAAACCUUCAAAACUUAAAGAUAUAUGGAUGUCCUCAGCUAGUUGAGAGAUGCAAAAGAAACACAGGCCCUGACUGGUCCAAAAUAGCUCACAUCCCAAAUGUUGAAGUUCACAGUGUCUAGGAUCACUGGUAACAUCAUGGAGCAGAUAGAGAUUUUUUGCUCGUCCGAUUGAGCGUAACCACGGGAUUGUAAAUGGUUGAGAUAAGAGUUUUAAAUUGCUGUUGAAGUCGCGGUUGUCACUACAUUGCAGAACAAUCAUUUAAAUUGCGGUUGUGGUCACGUCCACAAUGCUUGAUCUUGUUGAUGGCAUUGGUCUGUUUGACCUUUUUACCAACCUUAGAUUAAGAAGGUGAAUGGCUGCACUAAUGCAUUGAACAAGAACAGCUAAUAAUGCUUUAGCAAUUUUUCCAUCUUGAUUCAUGGACACAUAUAACACAUCAAAUGAAAAAUGAAAAUCUUCAAUCCAAAGCUUUAAUGGCAACUCAGUCAUCUUUUGAUCAUUGGAAAGAUUUGUAUUGUCAUGCUUCCAUUCCACGUCUAAUCAAACUUGAUAUUAGAACGGAGAACUAUAGGUGGCUGGUACAUAAUCAGAGGAAAUGUAGGCUAAUAAGUAAUAACAAUAUUACCAAAUAAUUUAUGUUCUUUUUUUUUUGAAACUAAUUUAUGUU